AACGACGUCAAGCUUGUUGUUGACUUUUUGUUCCGGAGAUUUUGAACUACACAUCCAUUUCUCGAACCACCCACACAUUCCCAUCAAGAUGCCUUCCGAAGUCUCUGAUAUCAAGCAGUUCAUUGAGAUCUGCCGCCGGAAGGAUGCUUCCUCCGCCCGGAUCAAGCGCAACCGCAAGACCAGCCAGACCAAGUUCAAGGUCCGUUGCAACCGAUUUUUGUACACUCUUGUCCUCAAGGACUCCGACAAGGCCGACAAGCUCAAGCAGAGCCUUCCUCCUGCUUUGAAAAUUGUCGAUGUCUCCAAGGGUUCCAAGAAGAAGUCCACCUAAACAAACGCCAUAACGACACGAUGCUGCAGUUGAUUUAGGAUGAGAAGUGGAGGGAGUGAAAGGAAUGCGCACGAUACCAAUUGAGUCAAUGAUGUCCGUCAUGACGAGACACCAGACAUGCAAAUUACAAAUGUCAUACACCGGUGAAAUCGACCUUUCAUACUAUACCUAGGUGUAUAUAUGAAAAUCCAUCGGUUGUCUCUACAAUCCAGAGGCAGGAGCUUUUCGAGUAUCAAGUUUCCACUACAAGACAAAUAAAAAAAAGUUCAAGAAAC